AUGGAAACAAAUGAAAAACAGCAAAAUCUCAUUAAAGUGGAAGCAAACAAAGAGCAACUGACUUUGGAGAAGAAGUUCUUUGAGAACCAAACCAAGGAGAUGACAGUUAACAUGACAAUCCAACAAACGCAGAUCGAGCAGCUGAGAAACAACAGUGACAAACUCAACAGGAUCCAGGCAGCAAUCUUCAAAUAUUCUACUUUUCGAGUAGAUCUCUUCUGUCCUGAUGGAGAUUGUCAGACAUGUCCCAAAGAAUGGAUUCAUUUUAAAGAAAGCUGCUAUUGUUUUGAUAAUUCAAGCGCUCCAUGGAAAACAUGGGAUGAAAGUCGACAGUUUUGUCAAAACAAGAAUUCUGACCUGGUGGUUAUCAGCAGUCAAGAGGAACAGACAUUUAUCAAAAGCAGAAUAGAAUACUACUACGGCGAAUGGCACGGAUACUGGAUUGGUUUAAGAAGAAUUAACAACAACUGGACGUGGGUGGAUCAGAGUCAAGAUACCCUUGGGUACUGGAAGAACCCAGAGAGCUCAGAAAAUUUUGUAGUUAUAGUCCAUGAUGGUCCUUUGAACCAGAGCUGGGUUCAAGCCAGGAAUAGCUUUCUGAACAGAUUCAUCUGUGAGAUUAAAGCUUUCAUUUUCUGAUUAGUUAAUGUGAACUUUUUUCCUGCUACAUUCUCAUCAAAUGUUUUAUUUUCAUAUAUUCCUGAUAAGAAUACAGAACUUUUCCAGUUUUACGUUUUGCUCUACUCAAUAACAAACUUUAUUGUUUUCACUUAAAAUUAUUUUUACAUUUUCCAGUUCCACAUUUUUCUUGUUCAUACAGUUUUGUUAAAUUUCACAUCAGUGACAUUUUCUCUAAAAGUUCGAAUAAAACCACUCAGUCAAAGGAAUCCUAAUGGUCACGUUCUUUUACAGUAAAAGGGAAAACGGUUUUUGUCUAGAAUCUAUAGAAAGUCUUUAAAUAAAAAUGAUUGUACCCCUCCACACCUCUGUUCACAUCUGCAUGUGCAGGUGAAAAACAGACAAACUAAUAAGAUGAAAAACAUUUUAAUUACAUUUUAAAAAACAUUUUGUGUAUUUCAGAACGGUGUUCCAUGUUAUACAUUUGUCGCUGUCACACUGAUGGCAGGACAUGUGGAGUUGUAUCGAAAUGAUUAUUUUUAUUAAUUCUGAAUUUCCUGCAAGUAACAUAAACUUUAUAAUACAUGUCUUCACAGAUCCUGAAGGAUUCAU